AUGGGUGGCGUGGCGGCCGCCGCCCAGCACAGCGUCGGCCUGCGUGACUCUCAGCCGACGCAGACCGGCGCGCCGCCGGACUCUCGGCGGGCGCAGACCAGCGCGCCGCCGGACUCUCAGCCGACGCAGACCGGCGCGCCGCCGGACUCUCAGCCGACGCAGACCAGCGCGCCGCCGGACUCUCGGCGGGCGCAGACCAGCGCGCCGCCGGACUCUCGGCGGGCGCAGACCAGCGCGCCGCCGGACUCUCGGCGGGCGCGGGACGGCGCACCGCCGGACUCUCGGCGGGCGCAGACCAGCGCGCCGCCGGACUCUAUUUGGACGCGGGACGGCGCGCCGUCGGACUCUCGGCGGGCGCGGGACGGCGCGCCGCCGGACUCUCGGCGGGCGCAGAUCGGCGCGGCGCCGGACUCUCGGUGGACGCGGGACGGCGCGCCGUCGGACUCUCGGCGGGCGCGGGACGGCGCGCCGCCGGGCUCUCAGUGGACCUACGAUGGACUCAGCGCGCCAAUGGACGCACCACGGCAGGACAGCGUGUCAUCAGACGCCCGGCGGGGGCGGACCAGCGCGCCAGAUGCACCACAGCAGCGGACGGGCGCGUCACGAGGCGCCCGACAGUAUCCGACCGGUGCGUUACCGGACGCCCGACAGCAGCGGACCGGCACCGGCGCGUCGCUGGACGCAAUCAGCAGCGGACUCAGCGCGUCACUGGACGCACUACAGCAGGACGGCGCGUCAUCAGACGCUCAGCGGCCAGGUGUUGGCGCGUCGCCGCAACCCAUGAAACAGCUGUUGAAGGACUACGAAGAUGUUUUCUGCGACGACAUCAAGGUGAUGCCAGGAGAACGAUUCAAAAUCAACCUCCGUGAAGGAGCCAGACCAUUUGCUGUGCACGCCCCGCGCCGCAUUCCGUUCGCUCUGCGGGAACCUUUGAAGCGAGAGUUGGACCGACUUCAGCAGAGUGGCAUGAUAGUGCCUGUGACGUCACCGACAGAGUACUGUGCGCCGAUCGUCAUCGCACCUAAGAAGGAUGGAGGAAUUCGAAUGUGUGUCGACUUCACAAAGCUGAACCAGUCGGUCAAGCGGGAGUUGUACCAAUCAAACACCCCGGCAGAAUGCGUGGCGUCGAUAGCUGAAUCGGACGCCAAGUGGUUCAGCGUGUUGUCGUGA